AACAAGGAAUAUCACAACGUGACGUGGGAUAGGCAUGGCUCAGCCAAUGAGUAUCUUAAUGAGCCAUGGUACAUUAACAGCAGCCGUGGACUUUUAGAUAAUCCUGAAUACAUGGCACGGAAUACAACGGCAGCUACUUUACCACGAAACUACCUUUCCAAAGAGCAGAAGUCCGAAGUUCAAAGCACACCGAGUGAAUCUAUACAAAUCACGAGCGCACCAAAUCGAGGAAGCUACAAUACCAAGCCACAGAAUAUGGUUCAUAAUUUACUGAACCCUGCAUACAAUUCAAACAAAGUAUCCAUCCCCAACAAACAUGAAAGUCAGAAAAAAUUAACAACUCCUGAAAGCGCAACAACAUCAACAGCAUACCAUGCAGUCCCAACAUUUAACCCUAUAACGGAGUGGAGGCAGCUGCUAAUUCCAGCUGCCAGCAUCAAAGGAAAUACUGCUGUAAAAACACUACAUCAGCAGGGUCACGUGGUCAGUACUAUAAAUAGUGAAAAUCUGGGAGCGAACACAACAAAACAGGGCAAUCAGGGCAAUGAUCUGGCAACAGUCAAUCCACUUGUUAGUGUAAUAAGCCAGAUAAAUCCAACUGCUGCCAUUGGAAAUUAUGGUAACCAGAUGAAAAAGUCAGCGGGCAAAAGCCACCAAGCACUUGGCACACAGAGCCAAGAAGAACAAGCUAAACGACCUUCAAUCACAGAUGUUGCUACCCAAGUAAACAUGGUCAGGUUUCAGUCAAACUCGAGCAGCCAAAAACAAAGACCAACAUAUCAAAGUAAUGUAACAGUGGUCCCCACAAGUCAAGAAACACAGGAAACCAAAUUACCACCAUAUUACAGCCAAAUUGUUGGCAAAUCAGUCGGUGGAAACCAGUUUGGAAAUUCAAUGGACUAUGCAAACCGUUUGAUUAAGCCGCCGAGCUAUGGAAGCCAGCCCAUUUACACAUCGACUCAAGAUUGUCAAACUGAAGGUCUCCCAAAGAUGCCAGGUUGUGCAAGAAAAAAAUCACUCUCCUUUGGCAAACCGCAGGGCAAGCCGAUAUUGCAAGGACACAAGAGCAUAGAUGUUUCUAUUCAGGAGAAGCAAAUCAAAAGUGCAUGCAUUGAUGGGAACAAAACCCAAGAUCAGGCUCUCCAUGGAAAGGAUAAAAACAAAGAAUUAAAUCAUGGAAAUAUAGUGAAGAGCUUGGGGCAGGAAGAUGGCACCAGAAAAAAAUCCACAGGGAAAGACAUUGACGAAACACAACCAUCACAUCAUGAAAGCCAAAUGUUUAGGCCCACAGCACUAGGAAACUCCAUGGUCAUGACACCCUCUAAAGUGGGUCAGCGCAUCUACCCAGAAAGCCAUGGCAGGCAAUGGAUAGGUUCACCAAAAUGUGGUAAAAAUCCCACAAACUCUGCACACCAGAACAACAUGGAACCCAACCAAUCAAAUAAAGCGAAGCAGAUCGUUACUACGGCAACCACUGGGAACUAUGUGGUUAAUCCACCACACCAUAGCGCAAAAGCACCUGGCAUGGUCACGGUGGACAAUGCAGUGUACUUACAGGGAAGCUUUUCAAACUGGACUCAAAACCAGAAUGGACCAGUUGUGAACGGCAUGUUGAACAAGAGGCACUGAUCAACAAUUGCAACAUGGUAAAGUGCUGCCUUGCUGUAGCACGAAUGACACUUUGGUAUGAUAUAUGACUCGUCAAAACCUGUUUGGCUGGACCAAGGUGAUGUAUGUGUUAUCGCAACAAGCAAGGAGAUUAUGUAAAAUAAUUGUAUCUGCCAAUUAACAAGGUUUAUUUUUUAACAUAUGGUGUAUAUGCUUAACUUAGUACUUAAUAUUGUACAGUACCACAGCCUGUUACUGCUCAUAACAAAUAUUUUCGUAUUAUCGAAGAUACAGUAUGUAUGUUGGUGUUUACUACGUUUUAGGAUAACAAUGACAAUGAAGAGUGAUAAGUAUGUAAUAUUGGCAGAAGCGAAGGCCGACAUAUUAGACUGGCCACGAUCUUUCCAUAACUGCUGAUUCGUUUUCAGAGUGAUAAUAAUUAUAGAUAAAUCUUGACUAAGCUUUCGUGACUCCAGGGAUUCCUAUUCUUUGGGUCUUUCUGUAAAGUCACGUAGAUCGGUUGGAAAUUAAAUAAAUAAACUACUUUUUUUUUCUUUUUCUAUCAACCUAUCUACGUGACUUUACCGAAAGACCCAAAGAAAAUUGUAGAUAAUUAUAUGUAAGUCAGAGAAAGCAGAUGUAAAAUUCAGUCCAUUCACAUCACUUUAUUGUGUAAAUUAUACGAAUGACUGAAACAGGAUUGUAUAUUUUUUUCCAUGUAAUUAACCUUUAUAUUAAGAGUCUUAAGCUUUGUUAAUAUGAAGACGAGAUACCUAGUCUGAGCAGAAAGUGUAUCAACCAAUAGCAGGCAAUGCAGCUAAUACAAUGACUUUUAUUUAAUAAACAUAAUUAUACGAACAGGGUGUACAGAGUCAGCACACUACAGUAGCAGAUGUAGGAAACACUUCUCAUGAUAGAUUUAUGAUGCUUGUGUUAUGUUAAAUGUGAGUAAAAAUACAAAUGUUGGUGCAGAAACAAAUCAACACGUGCAGAUUGUAGUUUGAAGACAGUGACUCAUUUAUAAUCCAUGGGAAUCUCAGAAGAAACACAAAGCCAAUUAUUACAAUCGGUGUCCAUAAAGUACUAUAUACUAUUUUACAGUACAAUGUUAAGGCUUUGUAAAGUAAACCAUAAUGCUAAGUGUAUGCGCACAGCACAUUCUACUUCAGUAAUUUUUGUAUAUUUGCGACAUCUUAUCAGUCACCGUGAAAAUCAAAGAGCAUAUGUGGCACUUUUUAUUUACCAAAAAAGUUACGCUUGUAAUGUGUUGGAUUUAAAAUAUUUGCAAUAUUGGAACAGAAAUGUGUAACACCUGUUAAAACGUUGCUUUAAUUGUGAUUCACCUUGUGGAUGUUUAAUUCGCACACACACACAAAUGUUUUUGAUAACAUAAGGAUUGUACAGAUACUUUAGGACAGUAAAAAUGUUGUCGAGAGCCUGAAGCAGAUUUCACUUGGGGUCCAUUAACAUUGUUUAAUGGCUGGCCCUGAAACCAUGAUACGUAAUAUUUGUAGGGCAGGGAUGAAUGAGUUUGCAUAACAAUCAAAAACAGUUUUAACGCACAGUAAUCUCAGAGUUAUUUUAGGUCAGUCUCAAUCAGAAUAUUGAAGCCAGCCUAAUUAAAUGGCUAAAAGUGGAAGAGCAAUUCUGAAAAAUGCACCAGGGUAAGUACUACAUUUUGCAGUCGUUUAUUAAUCAGAUGUGUCAAAAUUUAAAUAAAAAGCUGGUAUUUUAACGAAGUUGAAUGCUAGCCAGAUAAAUGUUUCUCCUGAUGUCCUGGUAACCUUCAUAUCCUUGUAAUAUAGGCACAUUUGAUAAGACUUCCAACAAAUGAAUACGUGGUUUAACUACAAUACAAGAAACAAUUUCAGGAAUGUGAGAUGUUCUUCUGAAUCUCAGGCAGAUUUUACGGACCAUUGCAACGUUUACAUUGACCAAAUUAUAAAUUUACAAUGUUUAGAAUAUCUUACAAUGAAAGUGUAAUAUGUGUACAUUAUUGCACUUAACCAUUGAGAGUUGUUAAAGUUAGGAGGAAAAAAGUCAAAAUAAAUAAUCCUUUUAAAGUUACCAAGGCAGGCUAAACAUCACAGAGCUACUCAUUGUGUAUAAUGGAGCCAGAUUUGUUAUUUCAGCAUCAGAGCAUGUGUAGCAUGACUUUUUAAACUUUGUUUGCAAUCAAUAGAUGCUUACAUAUAAAGCAAUACCAUACAAUACAACAACCACAUAACAAUUUUAUGGAGGGUGGUAUGGUGUGUACUGGUAUAUAAAGGUAUUUGUUAUGAAAAUAGAAAUACUGUAAUGCAGAUAACUAUAAAUUUUCCAUACUUUACAUAUACCACACUGGACUCAAUGACCAGGUAGCAGUAUUGCUUUAGUGUGUGUGCGUGACGCUUAGUGUACAUACAAAUGAACUAUACUGUAAAACAUUUACUACACAGUUUGUUCUUGACAAAAAAAACUACAAAUUUUGACAUGUUAUAUGUGUCACAUCUGUGAUACAUUGCAAUUUUCACAAUUUGUUUUAUAUGUAAACGUUUAUACUCUACAAAAUCAACCAUUUACAACAAUGGCAGCAACACAGUAUGCAUACAAAUGCUGUCAGGCAGUUACAAACUGUACUCGGUGUGCACUGCUUGUCACCGUCCGUGUGUACGCGUCACGUAACGUGACGGCUCUGAUGACACUCGUACCCCCCUGCUAGCAUCGCUGUCUGUGAUGAUGUGGGCAUCUGUCAUAAAGGUGGCAAUAUAAUCAUUUAGCACAAACCUGUUUUGAAGAUGUGAAAUAUAUAUAUAUGAACUA